CCUCUAUCCUUCUCCCCCUGCUCUCAAUCGACAUAGCUCGCACCUUAACUCGAAACCCUAACCCUGCGAAUUAUCCUCCCCGGAAAGAAGAAAAACCCUACGAAUCAUCUCUUCCGUGUGAUAUACGCCGUGGAUUCCUCAGGCAAAUCGCAAUCUUCUACCAUCCGACUCAUAUGACGAUGGCCAUCGUCAAAUUGCUAGAGUCUCGCGAACCCUAGCGACCGUUGAUUUGUCUUCCGGAUUCUUCCUCCAUCCUUUCAUCGUUUCGUAACGCGCAAUUUCCCGAAGUCCCCCUCUCUGUUCACUGCCGUCUUACCGUCGGGAAAUUCAUGGAGGGCUCUGUGGCAGAUGAUCUCGGAGCCCCGGAAUCAUGGGAGGUGGCCGAUUUGGACGAGACGAUGAGCCGUUUGAUGCUCAGGGACUCGAAGCAGCGACCGGCUCAGCAGGAGCUCCCUGAUGAUUUCGCUCUGGGUCCAGGUGGCGUUGCUUCCGGCUCUACCGAUUUGGGCGGAAGCAAAGUAUCGGAAGAUGCUAUCAGCCAGGUCGAUCAGUUCCUGAGGGAUGCCUUGCAGAACCCUCGCGAGCGUCUCUCUGUUCUGAGAAUGGAGCAAGACAUUGAGAAGUUUAUACGCGAUCCAUCGCAGAAGCAAUUGGAAUUUCAGCAGCUGCCCACCUCAUACUUGAGGUUGGCUGCACACCGGGUGGCACAGCAUUAUUCACUUCAAUCAAUGGUUUUGCUGGACAACAGUUUGCCUGAUGGUUCUGGUUCAAGAAUUAUCGUACAUAAGGCUGCUGGAUGGAGGCUUCCUUUGAUUCGCUUAGCUGAUAUCCCUGUGAAUUUGCCAUCUGAAGAUUGUACUCCUGUGAAGGUUGCAAUUAAGCAGAGGCCACAGAAACACUCUCACAAUGGCAACAAUCCGAACUCAAAUUCAUUAAAAUCGAAUAGUUCCAAGAGCAUGGAAGAAAGGAAAGAGGAAUACAACAAGGCACGAGCUCGGAUAUUCAGUUCCCCCAAUCAUAGUGGUAGUUCUACUAUAAAGGCAGAAACUGAACAAAGGUCACAAGAUAACCUGCACCAGGGUUCUUUUGGUUCAGAGAAGGCCCAUGAUAGAUUGGCUUCAGGGAUUUCUGAUAGUAAUUAUGGAAGAGGUGUAAUUGAACCUUCUACAAGCAACAGUAGAUUGUCUAGACCGAGGAUAGAAAAGGAGCCAAUUGGUAGGCCUAGGCCAAAUAAUAGGGUGGCCAUAUUUCGGGAUCGUGAUAUUGAAAGGAAGGAUCCUGAUUAUGACAGGAGCUAUGACAGCGGAGGGCCUUACACCAUCCAACCUAUGUACGCCCCUGCAUUGAACUACAACACUGAAUUUCCGCAACUUGGAUCUGGUCAUAGACCCCAGAUGCCCAUAGAGCACCAGCCACAUCCUCUCCCACAACAUAUAGCUGGGCAAUGGGCUGCCCCAUCUGCCCCUGCUGGAUUAGGGUAUGGUCAUCCAGACACAAUGAUGCCACCUUAUAGUCCGCAUCAUGUUGGUAUACAGUCCAAUGGCGCUCUAUAUCUGCAUUCUUCUCAAUAUCCUUGUCAGCGCCCAGGAAUGCCUUUCAUCGGCCAUCAUGACCAUGUUCAACCCUUCGCACAGUUUCAUCAACAGCAAUCUGAUGCCAGUUUUGGUUUAGCCCGGCCCCGGUGAGGGGCUUGGGCCAUGCCUGCCCCCUGCCACUUGGUGCUUGAGCUUGAAAUUGUAAUGGGCUUGAUCAGACAGCCACAUUUGGUGUGCCAAGUGGCGGGGGUGCAGGCAAAAACCCGAGGCCUGAUCAGGACUGGACGUAUCUUGUUAUGAACAUCCAAUAUUGGUCCUGUCAGCCAGCCUCGGGUUCGUGCGGGAGCUUCUUCUUGAAAGCAAUGAAGGCUCCUUGUGAGUGGUAGGUGGCCUAAUAUUAGGCUCUCUGCGCUCUACGGAUGAUGAUGACGAACAGUUCUCGGAGAUGAAAACGUCUGCUUGUUCAGUUGUUUGGGUGCAGAGGCACUACAGUUGGAAAGCGAAAAGGACUCCACCUUGUUUGCUUUCUCCUCCCAUCUGAAAUACUGGGCUGUCUGCCUUGGUGGUGGAUCUCCAUUCUCCUCCCCUGAGAAUGAUGGUCUCCACUCUCCCGCUUGCUUGCAAUGCGCUUCCAAGGUUGUGCAAGUCCAGCAGUAUUGAAUCGCUUAAAACUGUUAUCAUAUGAAUGUAUCUCUGCUUUAACUGUACCUGCUGCUUUAUUUUCCUUGAGAACCAGGUGGCCGAAAAAUGCUGCCUUCAACAUGUUAUAUUUGCCUCCUGCCCUCUUCGAAUGGAGUUUGAUUGGUUUACCAUCUUUCCCCCCUGGUUUCUGUUGUUCUUUUUCAUGUGGCAACUAGCAAAUGCCUAAUGCACUCCAAAAAUAGGAUGGCGGGAAUAUUUUGAUAUUUGUGAAAUUGGAAUCGAAUUAGAGAUCGUGCGAGGCAAAUUAGUUGUGGUUCAACUACAAAAUAUUAGUAUUGGAAGUUAAAUUGGUA